GCUCAUACAUAACUCGGGACGCAACAGCGCGUUUGACAUAAUACUGUGAAACGACUGCGCGGACGACGACGCUCUGCGUACCACCUGUAGCUGCUGUUCUGCCGGCGACAAACUCUCGCGCAUUAUCUUUAUUGUUAUUAUUUUUGUUUUCGUCCGCAGCAGCAGCUGUGCUUUAUUCAUGGCCCGCGUUCGGCACACCGUAUGUGGAUAACUUUUAAUACUGCACGACGACGUUAUACACGACGACUAUACGCGUGAUGCUAUUACUACACUGCUUGGCAUGCUUAGCCGCCGUCACUACAGGCGCGGUUCUGCCGCCACCCUGGGCGGACCCGUCUCAGAAUCCGUGCGCCGCAGAACCAUCGGGUGGAUGGCAGCUGCUAUACUGGCCGGACGACAAGAAGUGCUACCGGAUAUUCCAACGCGGGUACCCGUGCCCGGAGACGAUGGAAUUGGUGCCGCGACCGGACCGCAAGGGUUCCGCGGAGUGCGCUUGUCCGCCCGGCAGCGUCCGUAGCGCUCGCGACUCCCGUUGCCAUCAGCUGUUCCGGCUCGGCGGUCCCUGCGACGACGGCCAAUACUUCGCCCCCGACCUGGACAGGGAUGACCGGGAGAGGUGGGGAACAUGUGAGGAUCCGUCACCGUGCGCGGAAAAAGACGAACUGUUUUGGCCCAAAGACAAGCGCUGCUACCGCAAGCACGCUAGGGGACCAUGCACCGAAGGACAGCUAUUGGUGCCUAGCACCAUGAACGAUUUAAUCGGCGACUGUAGAUGUGAAAACGUUCCAGAGCUUGUGACUUACUUUUGGGCACCCGCAGGCACGUGUCACGAACACUACACGAUGGGACCUUGUCAGGAACGCGGGGGAAUAUUCCUGCCCGGAGGCCAGUGCGGAUGUGACCCGUCGCUGCCGCACUUCCACAACGGCACGGGUAAGUGCUACCAACUGGGUGGCAUCGGGCCCUGUUCCCCGGGACACCAGUUUCUAGUUCCAGCCGGCGGUUCCAAGGCCGAGUGCACAUGCAAGGAGGGCCACAUCAAGUGGUUCGGGGACGGCGCGUGCUACAGGCCUUACACGCGCGGGCCGUGCGCCGCCGGUAACAUGUAUAGCGUGAACACGACGACCACCGGCAUGGCGGUCGGGUGCGUGGACGUGCCGUGCACCGCGGGCAAGCUGUACUUCCCGGGCGGCAAGGGCUGUCACCGGGUGGGCACGCAGGGCCCGUGCCCGGCCGGCCAGAUCGUCCUGUUCCAGGACACCGUCAAGACGUCCAUCGAGGGCGUGUCUUACCUGGGCAUGUGUGGCUGUGCCAACGCGGACGCGGCCGCCGGCACGUUUUACUCGUCGUCGCAGGCGGUCACGUGCAAGCCGCCGGCCGCGGCCAGGAAACUGCAGCAGCAGGACGUCCGCGGUGCCGGCGCAAGCCCACGACGGACGGACGCGCUGCUGCAGCCGCAGGACCCGUGUGGCCACCGGCGCGGCACCGUCGCCUGGACCGAUCUGUCAUGCAAGCAACUGUACCUGCAGGGGCCGUGCGAGCCCGGUGAGUGGGUGGUGCCGGACAGGGGCAAGGGCACACGGAAGGGUCGGGGCUGGAAGAUGGGCAAGUGCGAGUGCCGGCCCGGGUUCACGGCCGUGGCGGUGCCGGGCGACGCCAACAACGCCACGGCGUGCCAGCCGCCGACGGUCACGCUGGCCAAGUUCCUAAACAUGAGCGAAGAGUUCAACCACAAUCACAACAACAGCGCCACGGCCGACGAACGCGGCGACGGCGACGAUAACAACGGUAACAACAACGGAGUCCGGACACGAUGAUCAUGUAAUAUUAUAAAUAUUAUAUAUAUUAUAAUGUUCAACACGACGCAUUUUAAAUUAUAAUAUUAUAUUUUGCGCUCUGGAACGAGGUGUGAACUAAAUUUAAUAUUAUAUUAUGUCAAGACUGCAAAGUAUAUUAUAAUAUAUAUUGUCCUAUAUAUAAUAUAUUUAUAAUAAUAAAACAUAAAUAUUAUGAUGAAUGUGGUUUGGCGUUAAAUCGGAGGGCCGAUAACUUUUUUAAGCCGGAUUUUUGAAAAAUUGUUAACCACUUUUUAGUUUUGACUAAUUAUACGUACUAGUACGUACGUGUGUCGGCCGUUUGUGGUCUUAGUCCGUUAUUAUUAUUAUUAUUAUUAUAUUAGGUAUUUUAAUUUUUUUUUUAAUUUGAAAAUUAAAAUAAUCUGCUAUACAUUGACCUUCAUAUCAUACCUAGCCACGCAUACAAACCUAUAGUGAUUUUUUAACGGUUUAGGAAAUAUUUUUCUUAUACAUAAUUUGAAUUCGUUAAAAAACAACAUUUAAAAAAAAAAAUACAUUUUACAUUUUUUUUAUCGUUAUCAUUUUUAAUUUUUACAUUUUUAAUGACAAUAUACAUUUUAACAUUUUAUAUAUUUUAAAAUUGUAACCGAAUUCAAUAUUCAUACUCCCUAUACAGCUAUACGUUUAUUUGUUUUGAAUUAUGACCGUCGGUGAAUAUAUAAGAACGUUUUAUUUUUUUCCUUUAGAGCUCGCCUUAAAAUUUAAAUAUAAUAAUAGUAUUUUUAUCUUACCAGGACGAAUCCUCUUAAAUAUUCUUUAUACCUAGUUUUUAUUUGGGUAGUCAAUCACUGUGAUUUGCGACAGUGUGCUUGCUUAUUUAAAUAGGUUAUGGUUAAUUUUAACAUUGUAUAUUAUUAUAUUAACUGAACACCAAGUAAAUUUGUAUUAUUGCAUACAAUAAAUUAAUGUAAUGAAAAGCCAUUAGUAUAAACAGGAGUCACAAAUUCCAAAAUCAUAAUUUAACUUUUUCCUUAAAAUAUAUAGACAUGAACUUUGUAUAAUGGCGUAUUAACUCAUAAUACAUUUUCUUCCUAUAAUAUUAUUAAUAUUAAUUAUAAUAAUUUAAUUAGGUACCUACCUAUAUACUCAGAGUCACCAUAACGCACGGUGCAGCAAUAAUUAAAUUAGUUUUUACCAUAUUUCAUAUACCUAGAUAUUAUAUAAAUUAUAAAAGUGUAAUUAUAAUUUAUAAAUGUGGCCCAAUUAUAAUAAUAAAAACAAACAUAAAAAGGUAAUCGAAAGAUUAUUCUUAAAAAUAUCAACAUAUAAUUAAGUUUCCAUAUCGUGUAUUUGUGUUAGUUCUUAGAUAAGUUUUUUGUGUGAGAAAAUUAAUGUUACCAACAAAACUAUAGUGACUGUAGAUAUUAAUUAGUUACCUAUCUUUAGUUUUGAUUUAAAAUAAGUGUAUAAUGUAUGUUUGUGUUUUUUUUUUAAUAAACUACUGUGUAAUAUG